AAUUCUUUUCCUGGAAAUAUCUAGGUCACCCUGCACGACGGUUCUCUAAGUCAAAAUGGGGAACGCAGACAGUACGAACGUGACAUCGUAUAACGAAAGGGCCGUUCGGCCGACACUCGGAUCAAGAUCCGUCCGUCCGUCCCAGCUCCGCUUCACUCACGACAGCAUUGGAUAUAAAUUCCGAGGUGGCUACACACUGGAGAACUCACUGCGAGAUUUGCUGAACAACAAAAUAAAUGUUCAGUCUCUCCCUCGGAUGGAGGUUAUGCACCACGACGGGCACCUGUACGUCGUAAGGGGAAAUCGCAGACUGUACCUGUUGCAGAAGCUGGAAAAGUUUGGGUUGGUUAAUGAGAUUACCGUGUACGUCCGGCGUUUUGACUCGACUCUGUUCGACAAGCAGCACACGACGGACUGCGGUGGUGCGUACGUUAGAAUUCGGGGAAGACAAAACACGGACGCGACACUCGAGUUGAUAAUAGAACAGCACGUACACAAUGAGAGAUAUAGAAACGAAGGUUGUAUUAUACUGUAAUGAAGAAAUGCAACGAACCUUUACAAGAAAAAAAACCCACCUGACGGCAUUCUGGAUGUGGCUGUGUUGAUAAUUGAAAGCAAACAAACAAAGGCCUAAAAAGUGUGUUUUCGGGAACCCUAUUUCUUCUUCUUAUUAUUAUUAUUAAAUUAUUAUUAUUAUUAUUAUUAAAUUAUUAUUAUUAUUGUUAUUAUUAUCUGAUUUUUUAAAAUUAAUAUUUAAAAGAAAAAAGCAACAACAACAAAAACCCUACCUACCUUACUUAAUUAUUGUUUCUAGUCAAGUUCCCAGAUUCACACACUUUUGUUUCUACGCCUGACAAUGCAAUUUGUUUAUGGUGCUCCCUUCAAUACCAAACAUAGUAUUAAACUUGAAAGUUA